ACCAUAUACUACAGUAUAUUGCAUGUCUGUAGUUUUGCGUGAAAAAAACGAACAUCAGGUCUCCAAAAUGUUCCAAAUGAAGCAAUUUGAGUGGGAAAAUAUCAUUUAAACGGCUCAUAUUCUCACAUCAAGGCCAUAACCUUUACUUUUGACUCAAAAGUACACAUUUAGCUUGUGGCCCACUGGUCGGUAAUAUCUGAAUGUGGUUGUUCCGGACGACACAGCUAGAUGGCGCUGCCGUUCUUCCGUGCCUCGGUGCUGUGAGAAGGUGGAGGUGCUGCACCUCCUUCAUUGUCUGAGUGGAAGGCACCGGGAGUGGAUCCGCCGCUCGUUUCAAUGUAAUCCCGUCUCUCCCCGGCUCACUCACUCAGUCGUCCGCCAUGGCGACCGCAGAAAGCCUCCUCUCCGGUCCGAGCAGCAUCUAAAAACUCAUCCGGGCUACUUUUUUUUGAGUCUCUCGCUACCGCUGGACGUGGAUGUAAUAUCUCCUUUCAGCUGGGAAAUACAUACGUGUGGAAAAGCCCGCAUUUCGAGAGAAGGGGCUGGGCAGUGAGCGUUGCAGUGCAUCAUGGUAGAGCCAGACCCAGAGCCAAUGGCCUCUGGAGCCGGGCAGCGUCUUGGAGCCCCGGAGACUCUUGGCAUCAGCACGCUGGACCCCGGCCACAGACCCCCGGCCAUGCCCCCUGGACGACAAGUCACCAUCAGGGUCCGCAUGUUGGACGACACAGAGGAACUGUUUGACAUCUCGCAAAAAGCCUCGGGCAAGAUGCUGUUCGACCUGGUGUGCUCCCAAAUGAACCUCAUCGAGGGCGAUUACUUCGGCUUGGAGUUUCAGAACCAUCAGAAGAUGAUGGUUUGGUUAGACCAUAUCAAGCCCAUUAUCAAGCAGCUCAGACGGCCAAAGCACACAAUCCUGAGGUUUGCUGUGAAGUUCUUCCCACCAGACCACGCCCAGCUGCUGGAGGAACUAACAAGGUACCUGUUUGCCCUCCAGAUCAAACAGGAUGUUUCCAGCGGACGUCUGACCUGCAACGACACCAGUGCAGCACUGAUGGUCUCCCAUAUUAUCCAGUCUGAGAUUGGGGACUUUGAGGAGAGCCAGUGCCGGUCACACCUCCUCAACAACAACUACAUCCCAGAUCAAAUGCCCCUGAUUGACAAAAUCAUGGAGUUUCACUCAAAGAAUAUAGGUCAAACACCAGCAGAAUCUGACUAUCAGUUACUAGAAGUGGCGCGCAGGUUGGAGAUGUAUGGGAUUCGCCUCCACCCUGCCAAGGAUCGUGAGGGCACGAGGCUAAGCCUGGCUGUGGCGCACACCGGUGUCCUGGUCUUUCAGGGACACACAAGGAUUAACGCCUUUAACUGGUCUAAAGUGCGUAAACUGAGCUUCAAGAGGAAACGUUUUCUCAUCAAGCUGAGGCCAGAUCUUAAUAGUUCAUACCAGGACACUCUGGAGUUUCUGAUGGGCAGCAGGGACUGCUGUAAAAUCUUCUGGAAGAUCUGUGUUGAAUACCACGCCUUCUUCCGCCUCUUUGAGGAGCCCAAGCCCAAGCCCAAGCCUGUGCUCUUCACCCGAGGCUCCUCCUUCAGAUUCAGCGGGCGCACACAGAAGCAGGUGAUUGAUUAUGUGAAGGAGUCCGAGUUUAAAAAGAUCCCUUUUGAAAGGAAACACAGCCGGGUCCAACACAACAGUCGGGUCCAACAUGAUAUCCGCCUGUCGCCGUUGCCUUCUCCACGCCACCAUGAAGUGCCAACAGAAACUGGUGCUCCCGGGGACAGAGUAGACUCUCCUUCUCGCCGUCACUGGAAGGAGUCGGUGCUGGUGAGCGCCGAAGACCCUUCGAGGACGGCGAGGGCGAGCCCGUCUCACCAGAGGAACGGCCACGAGGACAGAGCGGGGUCCGUGUCCAGGACCGAGGAGAGAAGAGGCUCGACGCGACAGACCCAGCCAGAACAUCUGAGUUCAGGAGUGGUGUCCAACAGCCCUCACCUGUCCGCGUCCUCGGGUCACUCUCAUGGCAUGGUCAACGGUCAGAAGUCUCUGGAGCUGUGCAGCCACAGCCCCGACGGCCGCCAGCCCUCCCCCCUCACCAGCCCGCUGCUCAACGACGCCGGCAGCGUUCGCACUGACGAUGAAGACGAGGUUCGGAGGAAGAGGUUCCCAACAGAUCGGGCCUACUUUAUCGCCAAGGAGCUGCUGACCACAGAAAGGACGUAUCUGAAGGACCUGGAGGUGGUGACUGUGUCUUUCCAGAGUGCUGUAGGACAAGAUGAGGCGACUCCGGAGUCUUUGAAGAACACCGUCCUCUCCACCUUCGAGCCUCUGCACAAGUUCCACGCAGGAUUUCUCAGGGAGGUGGAGCAGAGGCUGGCUCUGUGGGAAGGACGCUCCAACGCUCACAUAAAAGGAGACUACCAGCGUAUUGGAGACGUCAUGCUGAAGAACUUUCAAGGUUUGAAGCCCCUGACAGCAAACCUGCAUAAGCAGUCUGAAGUUCUGCUGGAGCUGGAGAAGGCAUGCAGGGGUUCCCGCAGGUUGGAGGGUCUCUGCAGGGACUUUGAGCUGCAAAAAGUCUGCUACGUGCCCCUCAAUGUCUUCAUCCUGAGGCCUCUGCACCGCCUCUCUCACUACAAGCAGAUCCUGGAGCGCCUGUGCAAACACUACGCAGCGACUCAUGUGGAUUUCAGGGACUGCAGAGCUGCACUGGCAGAAGUCUCUGAGGUGGUGGAGCAGCUCCAGGGAAGCCUCAACAAGAUGGAGAACUUCCAGAAGCUUCUAGAGCUGAAGAAGGAUUUGAUUGGCGUCGACAAUCUUGUUGUUCCUGGUCGGGAGUUCAUCAGGUUAGGCUGCCUCAGCAAACUGUCUGGGAAAGGCCUACAGCAACGAAUGUUUUUCCUGUUCAAUGACGUUAUUUUGUAUACGAGUCGAGGGAUGACGGCGACCAAUCAGUUCAAAGUGCACGGCCAGCUGCCGCUCCAUGGCAUGACAAUCAGAGAGAGUGAAGAUGAGUGGGGUGUGCCGCACGCCUUCACUUUGGUCGGACAGCAGCAGUCAGUGGUGGUGGCAGCAAGUUCAUUUGCAGAGAUGGAGAAGUGGAUGGAGGACAUACAGGUGGGGAUAGAGACGGCGAAAACCAGCAAUGGGCCUUCAUUUGACCUUCUGAGCAGCAAUCUGACAGACAACAAAUGCCCCGAGGACUCGGUGGAGGCGGAGUCCGAGGACGACACCUCGCUGGAGAGGUCCACGCCUCACCGUGGUAACACCAUGGUGCACGUGUGCUGGCACAGGAACACCAGUGUGUCCAUGGUGGACUUUAGCAUAGCUGUGGAGAAUCAGCUGUCUGGAAACUUACUGAGGAAGUUCAAGAACAGCAACGGAUGGCAGAAGCUCUGGGUGGUCUUCACCAACUUCAGCCUGUUUUUCUACAAGUCACACCAGGAUGAUUAUCCGCUGGCCAGCCUUCCUCUGCUGGGUUACUCAGUCACCGUCCCAUCAGAGUCUGAAAACAUCCACAAGGACUACGUCUUCAAACUGCAUUUCAAGUCCCACGUCUACUAUUUCCGAUCGGAGAGCGAAUACACUUUUGAGAGGUGGAUGGAGGUCAUCCGCAGCGCCACGGUCCCCUCCAGCGGUGCUCGUGUCCUGAACAGCAAAGAGUCCCAUCCUCACUGAGUCGACUCACCUUUUUUCCACACACCACCUCCUUCAGGUGGCAUCUGCCCUUCCUGCCCCCCACCCCUAGACUCUUUGCUUUUCUUUUUUACACAUAUCUGGGACAUUUGUACAUGUGUCCAUGCACAUUUGGUGCUUUUUAAUGCUUUAAUGGUGACAUGUCCGCUGGUUUAGACUGCAUCAGAGACUGCAUUUUUUGGCAUUUUUACUCUCAACUCUGAAACCUCUUUUUAAGGAUGUCAUUUUAUACUGUUUUCUACUGGUCUGAACCACUUCCUAUCUUUUUCUGGUUUAACAUUUUGUCAUUGGUUGUUUUUACAGCCGGAACAUGUUGAUAUAGAUAUUCAGCAUUAUUUCUUAGAUGGUAAAACUGUCACAGCAUUGUCAUAACGUUUUGUCUACUUUUUCAUCUUAUUAAAAAAAAACUGCUGCUUUGAAAAUGUCCUGCAACUUCAGUGCCAAACUGGUUUAUAAUAAUGUCCUGGACUUUUUAAAGCUAUUUUGUUACAUAGGGGUUGAGGAAUGUCUCCUUAUACUGUAUACAUUGACAUUUUAAAUCAUGUGAAAACAGGCCACCCUUUAACUUCUAAU